GAUAUAUAGACAAAAUGGGAAGAUCACCGUGUUGCGAUCAAGACAAAGGCGUGAAGAAAGGACCGUGGAUGCCUGAAGAAGAUGAAAAGCUCACGGCUUAUAUAAAUAACAACGGUUAUGGGAAGUGGCGGUCGAUCCCUCAGCUCGCUGGACUUAACCGCUGCGGCAAGAGCUGCCGGCUUCGGUGGAUGAAUUAUCUACGGCCUGAUAUCCGGCGAGGGGAGUUCUCCGAUGAAGAAGAGAGUACUAUCGUUAGACUCCAUGCCCUUCUUGGCAACAAAUGGUCGAAGAUUGCGAGUCAUCUUCCAGGAAGAACCGAUAACGAAAUAAAAAACUAUUGGAACACUCAUAUGCGGAAGAAGAUGUUGCAAAUGGGGAUUGAUCCAAUCACGCACGAGCCAAAAACCAACGAUCUUAGCCCUAUCCUCGACGUUUCUCAAAUGCUUGCGGCGGCUAUUAGCAACGGCCAAUUUGGUAACAGUAACCUCCUCAACAACAACACUGCUUUGGAAGAUCUUCUCAAACUCCAACUGAUCCAUAAGAUGCUUCAAAUCAUAACCCCCAAAGCCAUACCAAGCAUCAAUAGCUUCACUACCAAUUCACUCAAUCCUAAACCGGAGCUAGUAGUCAAUAGCUUCAAUACCAAGUCAGUGAAUCCUAAACCGGAGCAGGCGGCUGGACAACUGAAUGCUAGUGACCAACAUGUUAUCAUAAACCAAAGUGCAAAUGAAGAUUUCAUGCCAUCGUUUGAAAAUAUAUGGGACGGUUUUGAAGAUAACCAGCUUCCCGGUUUGGUUACGGUUUCUCAGAAGAAUCUGAAUUCAGGAAAACCGGGUACCAGUACUACUACUGAGGUAAAUUAUCAAGCUGGAACCGGUAUGAUGCCGAGUUAUUAUGGUGAUCAAGUACGUGAGAACCCAUCUACUGAUUCGAUAUCGAUUUCUCCUGAAACAUCUGGCUUGAACUAUCCCGGCACGACUCAACACUCAACCGGCUCGGAUGUCCUAGAGGACUGGGAGAAGUUCCUUGAUGAUGAAACAAGUGACUCUUGCUGGAAAAGUUUCCUAGACUUAACGUCGCCCACAUCGUCACCCGGCCAGUGGUAGAACUGGAUUUUGUUCAAGUCGUAUACUCAUAGUUUUAAAGAAAAUUCAUACACAAAACGUUGGAUUGAUAUUAUUUAUUAUUCUUUUGUAACAAAAUUAUUGAUUUAUAUGUUUGUAUUUCUUUUCUUAUAAAGGCAUGUUUGUAUUGUAUUAUUCUAUAUGAUUUUGUUUGUUGUGUAAAG